GGGCAAGGUUUACAACUAAAAAAAAUAAAAAAUAAACCCUGCUAAGUGAGCACCUCCCGUGACUGUGAGCAGUGUGGACCACAGCAGCAGCACCUCAGCGCAGCACUUGCCCUUCGGAACAACAUCACCAUCAGACAUGCAGGACGGUGUGAACAACGAAGAGGUUGAUGCACCUGUGUCAUGUUCGUCCGGUCAGCGUGCGAACAUGACUGAUGGAGUGUUCCCUGGAGUAGGAAGACUUUCCCUGCAGCAAAAGCUAGGUGUCGUCAUCGCAAUCGUGGCGGUCAUCAGACACAUGGGAAAACAGAGGGAGAUGGCAUGGGAAGCGGCACUGGUGCGUGCAAAGAGGUUGCGGCUAGUCAGUCCAUGGCCGAGGGAAGUCGUGAACAAUGUCACGUUGUGGGAUGGGCCGUUGCUAUUGGCUAACGCCAUUGUCGCUGACAUCCUCCUGCGCCAGCCGCCAAGGUGGUGGAUGAAGCGAAGGACGGGAGGGACAUGGGAGGAUCUUUGUGUCCAUGAUGAUGCCGCAGAAGAGUACUUCCAUGACAAGUUGUGGAUGUCGAAAUCUGUCUUCUAUGGCAUUGUGGCUGCGUUGUCGUCAUAUUUGCAGCGGCAGAUCACUCCCUUCCGGCAACCGCUACAACCCAAACGCAUUGUCGCCUAUGCUGUGUAUCGUUGGGCCUCAAGUGAAACAUACGACAGCGGUACAUCCAAUUUCGGGAUUGGGAGAGCCUCAGGCAUAGCUGCUGUGGAAGAUGUGACGAGAGCACUACACCGAGCAUACCCGGACAAGAUCAAGAUGCCGACCGGCAGCAGGCGUAAGCAGGUCAUGGACGCCUUCGAGCGCAAGAGGUUCCCCCGCUGCAUGGGGGCCAUUGACUGCACGCACUUGUAUGUGGACAAGCCGGCAAACGCACCAGCGGAGAAUUUCUGCGAUCGUCACCGACAAUUCUCUGUGGUGGCUCAAGUGGUGGUGGAUAUGGACAUGCGGAUUCUCGAUGUCUUCGUCGGUUACCCUGGAAGUGUCCAUGAUUCUCGUGUUUUGCGCAACUCCUCCCUUUACAGGCGUGCGCAGGCCGGGGCCAUAUUCGACGCCGACCCACUCGUCCUACCUUACGCGAGGCUAUGUUCUGGCUGAUAAUGGGUAUGGUGCCCUUCCUUGGUUGGUUAUUCCAUAUUCGGGCCAGCACGUCCCGCCGGAUGAGACGAGGUUCAAUGACAAGCACAAGGCUGCAAGAUCGGUGGUGGAACGUGCUUUCGGGAGACUGAAGGGGAUGUGGAGGUUGUUUCUUCACACUCACAAAACAAAUAUGGACACCCUUC